AUGCCGCCCAAAAAGUCCGGAGCUCAGCGGCGGAAGAAUCAGAAUCAGCCAAAGGCCGUAAGUCUAAAUUUCUUUUAUUUUUUACUUCUCUAGGGCCAAAAAGGAAGUUCUUCGGAUUUCUACGCGUUUGAACAUGCGGAUGAGUUCAAAAAGGCUGUGUUAGAACCAUUGCCAAAGGCUGAGGAACAAUUUCGAAAAGAGAAGAAGCUGGUAUCGGAAGAAGACGUACGAUGCUUGAAAUAUGACCUCCAAUUGCCUGAAGAGUUUGAUAUUGAACUGUUUCACAUUAGGAGCAAAGAAACUUCUCGUCGGGAGGGUAUGGAUGAUAUCGACGCUAAAGAAGUUCCUAUUGGUCAGUUUUUUAUUUUUUUUGUUUGUAGUUUGUUGAGAUUUUAAUGCCGUAGGGCUUAGGGUACUUAUAUUUUAGUUCGUAAAAUUUAGAAUUGUUAAAAUUAAGGUUUUUUUAACCAAAAAACGAUAUUAUAGUAGAUAGAUGUAGACCUCUAGAACUUUUAAUCAUAACGUUUCUUAAACAUAAGUUAGAGGUGAGAUUUUGUGUGAGUAUAGGUUAUUCUUAUUGUUAACUAUUCUAUAAGAGGCAGUUUUUAAUUUUGAAUAUUAGUGGAGUUACAGUAAUUUUACCGUACCACUUUUUGAAAUAUUCAUUUUGGGUUCAUUGAUCUAAUUCUUUGCCAUUUUUUGAUUGACUAGCAACGAGAAGUGAAGUAAAAUAGAAUUCUUAAGUGUCAUAAUACUAUUUUGAUUAAUAAGACGCUAUUUUAGAAGUUGGAUCAACCUUCCUUUUUGCCCUAAUGGACAACCAUCUUCGCGUAGACUUGUUCGAUGGCCGAUCUAUCCUCGGCCAAAUGAAAUCAGUGGACAAGUCGGGCAAUUUGAUCUUAAAUCAAGCGUUUGAGUAUUGGCGUGAAGAGGAGACGGACGAGUUUACUCCAUCUUGUCUACGAUACAAACGCAAUCUUGCCACAAUCCUGGUGCCAGGCCAUGCAAUCAAACGGGUAUUCAAAAUCGACUACGCUGAUAACAAGUACAAGGUGAAGAAGAAUGCGAACUACUUGGAUGUGAUGGUCAAGGACUUCAUUUUAAGGAAGAGUCAUGACGAUGGAGCUGAAACUGCGAGAAGAAACAAGAUUUACAACCAGUACAGCACGUUCAUACCACAAAGAGUCGAGGACUGGAAUAUGAGGUCAGAAGUCAUGGCUACACAGGAGAAUUGUCGUUUCAUAAGACAAGUUACUGGUCGGGUCAUGAACUCAGGAGGCUUUAAUUACCCUUUGUUGGAGAAGAUGUUUGGUGAGAAGCCGAAGGUCUACCCAGGGUUUGAUGUCAGAAGUGGUGGGAAUGGAAGAGUGGAGGUGAAGAAGCUUGAGGAGAGGAAGAAGGAGGGUAAUAGUAGUCAAGGAGAGGGUGGUGAAGGUAUGAAAGAGGGUGAAGAAGCUAAGAAAGAAGGUGGAAAAGAUGGGGAAGAUGUUAAAGAAGGAGGACAAGUUAAGAAAGAAGGUGAAGAAGCUAAGAAACAAGAAGAAAAACCAUCAGAAUCGACUUCAAAUGAACAAAAUCAACCAGAAUCAGCUAAGGAAGAUUCAGGUUCGUCACAACGUGUAGAAGCCAGUAAAAGCUUGCAGGAGCCUUCAGAAGGCCCUAAACCUUCAUCAGAAGCUUCUAUAUCUACUAUAACAUCUUUAGAAGCCGAAAAAACAUCUUCACAAGCCACUAAGACGUCUUCAGAAGCCUCUAAAUCAACUACAACUCCUUCAGAAGCCCCUACCUCUACUCCACAAUCUUCACAAGCUCAACCCACUCCUCCAGCCCAGUCGGAAGACCCAAACCAGCCAGGCCCGUCGAAGCCACGCCAAGUAUCCGAAGCUCAACUAGCCUACGAGAAACAAGAAGCAAUCAAACGCAAAAUCGUCCUCGAAAUUGUCAAAAUGCGGAAAGCUCAAGAAUUGAGACAGCUCAAGAACUUUGUCGCCUAA